AUGGACAGUGACGGCCCGAGCCGGCAGGCGUCCGUGGCGGAGUACGUCAUCAAUGAAUUUCAAGCAGUGGCGAAGAUCUUGCUGGAGAAAGCGACUCCCCAGGUUCCGCUGUAUGCAACUCCGGAGUAUGCCCGGUAUGACAAGCUCUUGAAAUGCCUGAGGCUGGUUGGCAAAGCCAACGUUCCUGCCGUGUUCGAUGCCCUGUGGGCUUGGAGGGCGCGCAUGGAGGAGCGGUUGUCGGGCGUCGUGGAUACCAUCAGUAUCCAGUGCAGAAGGGCAGUUAUUGAGUGCACACUGAUGGAGACAUGCCUACAGCUUCUUGAGGAAUUGCCUCCACCAUGCUCAAGUGUUCUUGGCAAGGGAGCAGAGGAACUGGAAAGGCUGGCCUUCAGUUUGGCAAUAAGUGCAGAGCAGAUCAUAUCUCGUCCUGAAGCUGGCCAGCAUCUGCAACGUGUUGUGGCAUUGAGCAGCCAUGUCAUUGGUGCCUUGGCACGCGGACGGCUAGAGGCAGUCUCAGCAAUGUUCUUCAGAAUGCUGGAGAACAGAAUCCACUCUGAGAGCACAACACACCGGCAGGAGAUCAUUGCCCUGUGUGCAGCAAUGAAGCACGUCCGGCUGUCGUUCGACUCUGAGCAUGAAAUGGCUGCAGCAGUCAACUUCCUGCAGCAUGCAAACCCCCUUCGGCAUGCUAACAUACCCAUGAAGAAAAGUCAGGUUCAUCAUGCUCUGGCGUCCAUGCUGUCGUCCAUUCUUUUGCCCCUGGUUGUCGCUGAUGUUCCUCGCAGGGGUGCAGAGCAUGUCAGGGUUCACUUGGACAAGUGGUUCAAGACUGUUGCCACAAUUGAGAAGAGCACAACUGACUGGGCAGUAAAAAAAUCGAAGCACGUCCAGGAUGGCUAUCCACUGAUGACAUAUCUAGUCUGUUUGGAGGAGGAUGCUACAUUCUUUCAGACCAGCAACCGCCUGGUGAAGAAGUUGCACAAGCAGCUCAGACUCAAGGAGUGCCGUGCUCUGACAAUAGACUGCCUAAUUCAGUGCAUCCAAUGUUGGCUGCAUAGGUCAUCUCAGGCCAGGAGUGGUGCUGUAGAGUCCAAGCACAUGUGGUUGGAGAGAGUGUGCAAACCUGUGACAUCCAGUGUGAAGAAAGGAUUUCUCACAACAACAGAACAACAGGACCUUGUUGUCAAGAUGUGUCUUGUCAUAUGCGAUGUUGCUCCAGAUUUUGCUGUAGAGCACAUCAUAUUGGGUUUGCUUGAGUGUGACUCUGUGGAGGGUGUGACAACUGGGCUGAGAGCUCUGAUGGAGAUGUUGCUGUUUGAGGCUCAAAAACUUCGUGGGGCCAAGCCCAGUUCACCCUUUCGUACACCAACACUGCGUGCCUCCCUGGAUCGUCAUGAGCUGGAAGCCCAGCUGCUGAGCUAUGUGGCAGGAGGCAACCAUGCUCUGAAGCUCUUGGGGCUAUCAAACGCGAUCUCAGUUGUUACUGAACGGGUUGGGGACUUGAUGGACACAUAUCGACAUCAAUUUGGCAACAUGGCUUUGACAAACAACCCGAAGAGUUUCCCAGAUAUGCAAACCAAGGACCUCAUGAGCGGGAUCAAUGCCUUUUGCUGGGCUUUGCGACUGGUGCCUUACAUUGUUCCCCAGUGCCUCAUGAGGGAUGGGCUUGCGGAGGUGCUGCCAUUGUCAGUGCCAUGA